CCGGCCGCUCGCUUUCACCCACCCCGGCCCGAACCACCCCUACCACACGAUCGAUCGAGAUCGAGAGAGAAGGUACAAGGAAAAAAAUAGUACUCCUAGUAUUUUGUACCUUUAUUUAGUCAUGUCGUCGCCUCUCUCACUCUCACAGAGUGUCCUUGUCAUCCCUUUCACCUAAAAGCCCUAACAGUGCCGCCUCUGCGGCGAGGCGGCUUUUUCCUCUACGGCUGUUUGCUAUUCCUACCGCUCUGUUCCACCGUCCCAGUUGCUCCGCAGAUCUCCCCUUUUUAGGCCAAACAAUCCAUCCACCACCACCCUGCACAACCCCCCUCCUAAAAAUAGUAGUAGCCGGCGGCAUGCAACUGCGAUUCCCCACACCUUCUCCCCCGUUCCUGAUGAUGAAUCUCCCCGGCCUAUGAGACGACGAGCAGCGCAACGCCCGUCAGCAGCCACCGCUACCAACCACUCCAGUCUCCAGCUUCAGCUCCGACUAGAGAUCCUGCUGGAAGCUUCUCCAUCCACCACUCCGACGCGCGCGGGCGGCCUCCGCCGCCGCCGAGAUCAGCUAGCCGCCAUCGCCACCAAAAGAUUAAUCGAUGGACCUGUCCCCGAACCCCGAGAGCCCGGGAGGCGGUGGUGAUGGCGGCGGAGGCGGAGGCGGAGCCGGUGGAUCGAGCAGCGGGCCGUCGUCUUCGUCGGCGCAGGGCGGCGGCACGCCGCAGACGCCGAGCCGGUACGAGGCGCAGAAGCGGCGGGACUGGAACACGUUCGGGCAGUACCUGCGGAACCACCGGCCGCCGCUGAGCCUCGCGCAGUGCAGCGGCGCGCACGUGCUGGAGUUCCUGCGGUACCUGGACCAGUUCGGCAAGACCAAGGUCCACACGGCGGCGUGCCCCUUCUUCGGCCACCCGAACCCGCCCGCGCCGUGCCCCUGCCCGCUGCGCCAGGCGUGGGGCAGCCUCGACGCGCUGGUGGGCCGCCUCCGCGCCGCCUUCGAGGAGAACGGAGGCCGCCCGGAGUCCAACCCCUUCGCGGCGCGCGCCGUCCGCCUCUACCUCCGCGAGGUCCGCGAGCACCAGGCCCGCGCGCGCGGCGUCAGCUACGAGAAGAAGAAGCGCAAGAAGGCGCAGCCGCCCGAUCACGCCAGCGGCAGCGGAGGCCAAGGUCCUCACCACCACCACCCGCCGCCUCCGGCCCCGCCGUCCGCCGGCGCGGCGUGCUGAGAGGAACAGUGCUACGACGAUCGACGUCGACGUACGCACCCAUUUGGUAUGCCGGCCGGACUGAUGAGCAUAUUUUAUGUAGGUUUCGAUCGAUUUGCUGGUGCGUGCAUGCAUGGUUUAUUUGCUAGCUACUCCUACCAUUUUGCAACUCGCGAUGCUGCUUCUUCUUCCUCUCGGUUAGACUCGAUCUCUGGCCGAUCGUGUGCCGGGCUACAUUAUUAUUUUGCUUCGAUCUGCUGCUCUCUCUCUACUGCUACGACUAGAGUUUCAGUUCCUAGCUACCGCUUAUUUUUCGUGUCAAGCAAUUUAAUUUGCUGGUUGAAGAAAUCUUAUAUCAUUGGAUCAAUGAAUAUUGAAGCCUAUAUAUGCUUUGCCUUUGCCUUA